CAAAAAGCAUAUACUCUAAGGCAGGAUGGCGGAAUUGAAAUUGGAAUCGGAAUUGGGGACGAUGAUGGGUCUAGGGCUAAAUUUUGGUGGUGAUGUGAAAAGGGAUGCGAGUGGGAAAAUAAUGGGAUGUUUUUGUGCUUUUGAUGUAGAGCCAUCGCCACAAGGUUGCGAGUUAUGCAAUAGGCCCCCUCUCCAUCCCGACGACGAGGAGAACCUUCACCUUGGCUAUGAAAUUGGUACUUUGAAGGAGCACCGUCCGUAUAUCGAUGAAAUUCGCAUCAAAUACUAUCAACAAAUCCAUGAAUCCUAUGGUUUCGACUUUUAUGAUUUUCCCGGUGGGGAAGUUCAAAUAGAACCAAUUUUGAAUGUCAAGGAUGACGUUGACUUUGGGAUAAUGAUGAAACUAGCUAACCGUGCCAUUCAAGAAUACAAUGAGAAAGAGCACAAUGUUUUCAAAUAUAAGGUUUUGAAGAUUGAGAAAGCGAAUUGUAUGAUAGGAGGAUACGAACAGUAUUUCAUGACGGUUAAAGUCUUAAACCUCACCAUUGGUACUUCUAUUGAAACCUUUCACAUCAAUGUUGCUAGAAGAAUCCCUGACCGUUUUGAAGAAGUCCUUUCAUGCAAUCCAAAAGGAAUGGUGCCGGAGUUUAGCAUAUUUGGCAAGAAGAAACGUUGAAUGGAAAGAGGAGUGUCGCGAGAGGAUAGGAAUGGGCACCUGAGCUUUAGUUUGAACUCUGUUCAAGAUUUCAGCAUAUCUUACUUUUGAUAUAUGAACUGAACUGUAUUAGUGUUGUGACACCAUGUGGAUGGUUAUUCUUCUUCCAAGUUUUACUACUGUUUGAGAACAUUUCAGUUUAUGUAGUUGCAAGUGAUGUGGAUGGUACUAUAUUGUCGAAUUGAAUGCUAUAAUAGUUGGUUGAUUACGUUUUGAUAUUGUGUGUGAAACAUUCUCUAUUGUGUGUGAAAUUGUCUCUUGAUGUAAGGAAGAAGGCAAUGAUGGUGGAAUUUACUUUCCAUUCACAACUCUAUAUGUAAUGUGAUUGCUUUCUUCCAAGUUUUCUACUGUUUGAGAACAUUUCAGUUUUUGUAGAUGAAAGUGAUGUGGAUGGUAUGUGUAUUGUUGAAUCGAA